AUGAAGCUCCUCGCAGUCACGGCUCUCCUCGUUGCCGGCUCUCUUGCUGUGCCCGCCGGCUCCUACCCGCCUCCGCCUCCAACUUACGGAGACGAUCCUUCGGGAGAAGUGGGACACCCUCCCGAGUAUCCUCCUGACUACUCCUCUCAAUAUCCGGAAUAUCCUCCCGGCCACGGAGGAAAGGACGACGGAGACGAGGACAGCUACACGCCUCCUUCUACCACCCUCUCUCCCUCUUAUCCGACCAGCGUUGGAGGGGACAAGUCUAGCUACCCGCCUCCAUCCUCUACCCCUUAUCCCCCCCCUGAAGCCGACGGCGACGGCGGCAACAACAACAGCGGCAAUAACAGCGGCGACAAUAACGGAGACGACAACGACGACAACAACGGAGACGACGACGACGAUAACAACGGAGACGACGACGACGACGACAACGACAACGGAGACGACGACGACGACAAUGUUCCUGGAGCCCCUGAGCAACCUCCCACCGACGGGGAUAGCGAUUCUCCUGACAAUGGGACUGGCGGCGACGGUACUGUCGGCGGUGGCGAUGAUGGUGACGGAGAAGACAAUGCUUCCGACCUGUGCCCUGGUAUUCUUUAUGCUAGCCCUCAGUGCUGUGAUACAAGCGUGCUCGGGUUACUUGACCUGAGCUGCGAGCCCCCUCGCAGCGCCCCUGCCGAUGUCGAGGCUUUCAAUGACAUUUGCCAGGAGGUCGGCGCAAAGGCCCAGUGUUGUGUUCUACCUGUCGCUCUUCUCUGCGAAGACGUCCCCAACUAG